AUGGACCUGGACCUCGAUACCGAGGACUACACGAUCGGUUGGAUAUGUGCUCUACCUCUAGAACUCGAAGCCGCAACAGCAGUCUUGGAUAAAAUCCAUCCGGAACUACCGAUCCCAGAUAAAAACGAUACCAACAGUUAUAAAUUCGGACAAAUCGGUUCAUAUAAUAUCGUUUUAGCAUGCCUCCCAUCUGGAUCUAUGGGAACCACAUCCGCGGCUGUUGUCGUAGCCAACAUGCACCGCAGUUUUCCAUCUGUGGAAAAUUGUUUAAUGGUUGGAAUCGGAGGUGGUGCUCCACUAUUACCACAGAAUGAUAUUAGGUUGGGCGACGUCGUGGUGGGUAUCCCUAAGGGGAACUAUGGAGGGGUACUGCCUUAUCUCUUUGGGAAAACUAUGCAAGAGAGCAAGUUUGUCCAAACUGGAAGAUACCUGAACGGCCCACCGACACUUUUCCUCAACGCGAUAUCUAAACUACGUUCGGAACAGGACAGCGGGAUCCACACUAUUCUUGCCGAUGCUCUAUCGAAAGAAUCCGUCUCUGGAAAGUUCGCUCGACCUGGGGUUGACCAUCUGUACGAGAUGGACUAUGACCACCUGGAUGAAACUAAAUCUUGUUCUGAUUGCGAUAGCAGCAAGUUAGUCACUAGGCCAGUUCGAGAGGGACGCGAGCACCAGCUUUAUAUUCACUAUGGGCUUAUUGCAUCUGGCGACCAGGUUAUGAGGCAUGGAAAGACCCGAGAUAAGCUCAGUCGAGAGCAAGAUGUUUUAUGCUUCGAAAUGGAGGCUGAAGGAAUUGUCAAUACCUUACCUUUCUUAGUGAUCCGAGGCAUCUGCGAUUAUUCUGAUAGCCAUAAGAAUAAGAUUUGGCAACCUUAUGCCGCUCUAGUUGCUGCGGCCUUUGCGAAGGCCCUUAUUCUUUGUUUACCAGUAAGAGACUCGAACGAAGGUGGUAGAUCCUCGAAAAUACGAAUCUCACUGCCUGUCGCUAGAGGUGCUACCUUUGGGUCGUUUGGAACUGAAGGCGAGCCAAUGUGCUUGAACCACACAAGAGAGAAUCUUCUCCGAGUAAUAACCGAUUGGGCGACUACUUCUGAUAUCCAAACUACUAAACAGAUAUUCUGGCUAUCUGGUGGAGCUGGAACUGGAAAGUCAACAAUUGCCAGAACGGUUGCGAAGUUCCUCAAAGAUGAAGCUUUACUUGGUGGUAGCUUCUUCUUCAGACGGGGUACCGAAGACUGUUCAAAAGCUGAAAGAUUCAUUACAACACUAGCAGCUGAUCUUAGAUUUCAUGUCCGUGGUGUUAAUGCUGGGAUUUCAAAAGCUCUCGGGAAAGACCCUCGGAUCACUGAGAAAAAUCUGGGCGAACAAUUUGAAGAGCUUAUCCAGAAACCAUUAAUGGAAGCGAAACCUAUUCGACGCACUACUCUAGUAAUUGAUGCACUAGAUGAAUGCGAGAAUGAAAACCACGUUUUGGCUAUAGUACGAUUUCUCGCCUUACUCACAGAUAUAGACAACAGUAUAACCGUUUUCAUUACCAGCAGGGGAGAAACGUUUAUAAACGACAUCUUCAAAGCAUUACCGCAAGUUGUGCAAAAGCGAGUCUUGCAUGAUAUUGAGGAACUAGAAAUUGAAAGCGACAUAAGGGUUUUCUUCCAACAUGAGCUAGCUACGAUACGAGCAAAAGGAGGACUUGCUGAAGAUUGGCCAACCAGUACGGGGAUCGAAAGUUUAGUCAAAAUUGCGUCUCCGUUGUUUAUUGUCGCUGCAAAUAUCUGCCGCUUUCUCGACGAUCGGAGGUUCCGUCCCGAUGUCCAGUUAUCUAAUCUUCUAGGAUGCGAAUCAGGGCCCAUAAUAAUAGAAGCCAAUGCCGAUAAAUCACUUCAAUGGACAUAUCGCCACAUUCUAACGCAGUCUCUAGCGGGGACAACAAGAUUUCAAAGAGCCACAAUCAUCCGAGAAUUCAAAGAAAUUAUCGGGAUAAUAGUUCUUCUCGAGCAGCCACUCUCACUGCCAUGCCUCUCGAGGCUUAUUUCCAUGGAUGAAAAAGAUGUGGAAACGAGAUUAGAAGGGUUUCACUCCGUCCUCAAUAUUCCAACUGAUCUAGAUGGCCCAAUAAGCACACUUCAUUUGUCAUUCCGAGAGUUUCUACUUGAUGUGGAUAUGAAGGCAAAUAACCCUUUUUGGCUAGAUGAACGUGAAAUACACCGGAACAUCGCUCAAUACUGCAUCAAGCUUAUGAGAGAUCGUCUCAAAAAAAAUAUUUGCGGGCUCAGGUCUCCAGGAAUCUUUCGUAAUGAGAUUUCUUCUAGUUCCAUUAGUCAGACUCUGACGGCGGAUAUCGCGUAUGCCUGCCGCUACUGGGUGACGCAUCUCGUAAAGGCCCGAGACGAACUGAAGGAUGAAGACGAGAUUCACCAAUUUCUACAAAAUUACUGUUUAGAGUGGCUUGAGGCAACGGCUUUGAUGGAUUUAUACUCAAACAAUAUAUACGCCAUCGCGGCACUCAAGUCAAUCUUGUCGGCCCCGUUGCAGGUUUACCAUUCAGCAUUAUUAUGGUCACCGGCCGAAAGCCUGAUGAGGAAGCGGUUCUUUGGAACGCAUUUGAGAUGGGUAAAAAUCGCACCGAAUGUCAGUCAGAACUGGGAGUCUUGGACGCACAUAUUCGAGGAUGGGAAGAAUGCAAGCAUCAUCAAGUUCUCUCAUGAUAGUCAAUCUAUUGCGACGUAUACGUACUCGCCGAAAUGCAUCACUAUCCGGGAUUGCACCUCUGGUGCGUUGAGGCAGAAAAUCAACUUGGAUAGGUAUUGGGGCGAGGGCGUUCAUGCAAUGGAGUUCUUGCCUGAUGGCCGAAGUUUAGUUCUUAUCAUCGGUCAAAGGGUUGAUAUAUUGGAUCUUGCCUCAGGAAAAUUUUUGGGUGGGUUCGAUAUAAUAGAAAACCAAACCCUACAGUCGCGCCAAAACCCUCACGCACCCUGGCCUCAAAGCUCUCGAAGAGAGCACAUUUUUCGAUUAUCGCUGGAUGGCCGUUUUGCAGUAGUGGUAGAGGGCAGUGGUGUGGUCAAGAUGUGGUCAAUAGACUCACGGAAAGUGGUGCAGUCCUUCGAGUUUCCCGUCUUCGGAGUCGCAGGCUUAAGCUUAGAGAUCUCACCCAAUCUGGAAUAUAUAGCAGUCUUGAGUUAUCCGAGCGUCUUAUACCUGCAAAACACUCGAUAUGGUUCUUUUUUUAAAAACAGGCAAGUAGUUUUCAUAGUCGAACGCCCAGGGAUGAAAUUCUCACCCGACAGCCGUUAUUUAGUUUAUGUCACAAAGAGGGUUAAGGAUAGCACUACCACCUACCUAGUGGUCUCUCAUCGACUUGAUAGCAAGCUCGGCUUACAGGAACAGAGAGCAUAUACUAUCAAAACAAAGUUUGACCCAGCGGCGUUGGAGUUCGUAUCAAAUGAAAAAAUUGCGCUCUCGGGUUGGGAAAACGGGUCUAUUGAGAUCUGGGAUCUUCACACCGGCGCAAUGGUCAAUAGACUUUUCGCUCAUCGGGGUGAGGAGAUCUCCUUAAUCGCAGCAUCGCCAAACUACAGACUAUGGGCAACGUCUGGGGACCAAACCGGAGUACGGCUGUGGAAUAUCUUGCCACAGGAACUCGGCGCCUCAGAUGUCAAAGUCGCCUCUAGUACAGAUCAAUUUGAAGAUUCUGAUCCUGAUUUACAUAGAAACUUUGAUUCUGUUUUGGAUCAAAAUUUGGAUCAAAACUCCGGCAUGUUUCAGGGAUCUCCAUGGUCAGACUCUCGGAUGAUAUUUUACGAUUUGGCGUCCGGGAGAGCUGUUCUGCGGCCUAGACCAGAUUUUCCCGAAAGCUUUGUCUUCAAUUUUGUAGGACACAGUGUGGGGCUACCCAGGGGGUGUUUUUCUCCUGACGGCAAGAUAUUUGUUAGUGCGGAACCAUAUUUACUUUUGGGCUCGGACACCAGAAACCAACGAAUCUCAAUAUUUGACGCGGAAAAUUCCAACGGAGAACCAGUCCGUGAAUUUAUAGUCUAUAUGAAAAUUGUGGGGGCCCUCCGAGGGGUUUCCUGCUCAUGUGAAGGAGACCUACUAGCAGUUCACUUUGGCCUCGAUGCAGAUAUCAAAGUUGGUACGCACAUAUGGAAGACUGGUAGCUGGGAAGAAGUUAAAGUUAUCGACGAACCCGAACCUAUCCCACAGCUAAUCCCUAAGACAACAUAUUCUUCAAAUGCCGAAAGCAAAACAUCUCGCACGAUACAAACUGAAUUGGGGCCGGUCUCCUUCAACAUGUUGACCUCUGCAAAUAGCUAUGAUGUAUGUGCCGAUGACCCUCGAUGCGAACUAGAUCUAGAUGGUGGGUGGAUAAUUCGGAGACAAACAAAGGACAAAGUUUUAUGGCUACCAGAGGAUAUUUAUCCGAUGUUCACGAGGGAAAAAGACUAUGGGUCAAAUAAUUUAAAAUCGAUUCGCACAAUGAUGUGGAAAUCGUCGUUCGCCUACUUUAUACACAAUCGGCUACAGUUGUUAGAGUUGGAUUUUGAAAAAUAUGAAGCUGAUAAUAAAAUUGCACUAGAAGCUACUAUAAAAUGA